AUGGAAAAUAUGAAAGAGCUGCAGCGCAAGUAUCAAGAAGACCGAGAAGAAGGAGGAUCAAUCAGAGGGAUUGAGGUAGUUCGAUCUGGUGCUCAAGAAUUACCUCCUUUGCCUGCUUGGUCGUCGAAUCAAUCGCCACUUCAAUUGAGCGAUUGGCUGCUGCUCAUCGAACCGGUGGUUUCAGAUUUGACUGCAACUGCUGAAACCUGGUGGAAGACCCUUCUCAAAGAGGCCGAGGGUUGGUAUCAGUCUCAUAUGAAGAUGUCACCUCUUGAACGUCUCCAACAUGGACAUGGAACUCCACCUUCUUUGAGACAGGAAAAAUGGCAGCGAUUGGAGCGACGCAUGUCCACGAUGAUGCUUCAAGCGAUGCCUGAACAAGUUCGUGAAGAGCUUGUGUCCACCAGAAGGAUGAGUGUGUUCUCCAUCAUCACACACCUCUAUGUGAUCUACUGUCCAGGUGGUAUCUCCGAAAAACAGAACCUCCUGAAAAACCUUGAGGAUCCUGCGGAAGUCCAAACAUUGGGAGAUGCUCCAAUGGCUUUGAGAAAGUGGAUCAGGUGGCGUCAGAGGGCCACCGAAAUCGGAGCGAUCACGCCUGAUCCUGCUCUUCUUGUUCGUGGGCUUUUGAGGAUGACAAAGAAGGUUUUGGAAACAAAUCGAGAACUACAAUUUCGAGUGUCGCUUGCACGUCAUGGGUUAGGCAUAGAUACGGUGCCGACCUUGGAGAGUGUGACGCAGUUUGCAAUGCACCUCCUCUCUGAGUGCGAGCAGUUGUCGCAAAUGGAGAAGAAGACCGUCCCCAACAACGCCAAGGUUGAACCGAAAGUGAAGAUGAUGGAGUAUGAGAAGGAGGAUGCAAAAGGAAAAGGUAAAGGUAGAGAGAAGACAGCAGAAGAAGAUAGAGGAGAACGUCAGAAGGUUGUCAAGUGCAAGUUCUACCUGACUCCAGAAGGCUGCAGAAAGGGCCGUGAUUGCAAGUUCUCUCACACUGAAAAAGACGGAAAAAGGCGAUGCUACGUCUGUGGUGCGGAAGAACACUUGGCUCCUGCAUGUCCACGAAAGGGAACAGGUGAGGGAUCGCCUCCGAAGCAGAAGGGCGCAAAAGUUGAAGAAGGAGUGAAGACAGGUGAAGUAAAGACAGGUGAGGAGACAAAGGAAGAGUCUGAGACGAUGAAGGGGCUGAUUGAAGAAGCCAACAAGAUGCUCAGAUCACUCACAUCUCACUCGACUUCAUCUCCCAAUUCCUCUUCGGCAUCAAACAGAGAUGAAGACAGCCGAAGUGAAAUGCUGUCACGCCUUCAGGCUCAGCUCAAUUCCCUGAAGGUCUUCAAGCUUGGGCGCAUUGGCGCUGGUCUGGGUCGAGGUCUCAUUGACAGUGGGGCCACUCAUGCGUUGCGUCCAUCAAGAGAAGAAGAGGACACCCACAAGUUGAAAGAAGUUUCUGUCACUUUGGCAGAUGGCAAGUCCAUUCAGUUGCACAUGUCCCCAGGUGGCUCCAUGAUCACCUCAGACCAGAACAUUGAGCCGAUUGUGCCUAUGGGUUCUUUGAUCGAUGCCCUAGGCUGUGUGGUGUCGUGGUCGAAGGGAGCUCUUCAAGUCCAACAUCCAAUCCGAGGUCUUUUACCAGUUGAAGACUGUGGAGGUUGUCCACAGAUUCCAAGGAAGUUGGCAUUGGAGCUAAUCUCUGAGAUCGAAGACUGCAACAAAGGCGUCUCAUUGAAUCGCCUAGACAUAGAAGAAGAGCUUGGAUGGAUGAGAAGGCUUCUACAAGCUCACCCAGUUUUGUCUUGUCUUCCUGACUGGCUCCAAAAGAAGCUUGUGGUCCAGCCGGGAGAAUGGGAAUCUUUGCCUUUGAAUCGACGUCAGCGACGAACGUUGAAAACUGAGGGAUUUGCACUGCACUUGUACUCUGGAGAGGACUCAGGUCACACACUUCAGCGAUCUAUGAGGUGUCAAGGCAGUAAGACAAGGAGGCUUUUGGAAGUGGAUGUAAAGAAGGGGCAAGCGUAUGAUAUGCUUGCUGACGAAGGGAUCUAUGCCACUCUCUUGCGAGCUGCGCUUUCAGGAAAGAUUCUGGCUGUCUUGGGUGGCCCGAACUGCAGAAGUCGAAGUGUGCUCCGACAUCGACCAAUUGAAGGCCAACCAUGGGCCCCCCGUCCAGUGCGUUGCUGGGAGGGAGGGGAAUUUGGAGCACACUGGAUCAACAAGAAAGAAGAAAAGAUGAUUCAAGAAGAUGACACUCUUCUUUGGCGAAUGAUUUUCUUGUACAUGAUUUCAGAGUAUGUCCGCAAGGCACAGUUGCGACCAGAUCCUGUUCACUUUGCGUUGGAACAACCUGCAUCUCCAAAGACUUAUCAACCUGCAGCUGUGUCGUUUUGGGACACCACUGAGUGGCAUGAUUUGAGAAAGGAGUUUCAGUUGAAGGAGGUCACUUUCAAUCAGGGAUGUCUUGGAGGUAUGGCAACAAAACCCACCACUUUGGGCACUACGUUUGAUUUGUGCUUGGAGGAUCACAAGAUGGGUCCUCUUCUACCUGCGCAACCUGUGGAAAGCUCAAAACAGUUGGAAAGAUGGGCACCUGGACUGAUGAACGCUGUCAGCGAAGCGGUCAUAACUCAGGUGUUCAAGGGGACACCGCAACUCAGGGCUCUCACCUAUGAAGAGCAUGUCAACCCGAAGAAGAAGGUGGUCUUGAAGAGGCACGCAGUGCUUGAUCUUUUUGCCGAGGAGCCUGAAGGUGAUGACCAGGAAGCUGAUGAACAGCCUCCUGAUGGCCUCUUGCCAAGAGGUGCAGAACUUCCUGAGGAGUCCCGUCUUGAAGAUUCAGGAGGAGAAGAAGAGAAAGAAAGAGGAGAUGAAGAUCAAGAUGGUCAACAAGAAGCAGAAGAUGGUCCUCAAAGCGAAGAUAAAGACUAUGAAAUCAGAGUCUUCAAGAUGGCGCUCCCUCUGAGGUCAAAGAAGGCGAGGGAAGUCACAAGAGUAGCGAUGGAGAUGGUUCUCAAACUGAAGAUUGAUGGAUAUCAUGUGAAUCGUAUCCACAGCGACAGAGGCCACGAAUUCCUUGGAUCAUUUGAAACAUGGAUGAGGAGAAGGAGGUGGAAGAAACAGGCGUUUGAGCCUAUGGUGGAAGUUGCAAGAUACCUCGGACCUGCACCCGAGGACAAUGGCCAUUGGAUCAAGGUGAACGAUGAAGCACCGAGAGUCACCCGAUGCUACAUGCAGAAAGCCAUAGAACGACCUGAAGAAGGAGUGUGGCUAGCCAUCGAAAGGGAGGUCUUGGAUGCUCUCACAAAAAGACGAAGGCUUCGAGAAAAGACUACAGUGCGUAGGUUGAAAAUGGAGGAGAAAGAAGAAGGUGAGGAUGAGGCUGUGAGAUUGGCAAAGAUGAGGAACAGGUUUACAAGAAUGGUCGAGGAGGAGACUAAGGCGAUGUUGGAUGAUUCUCCUGAAAUGAUCACAGAAGAGAUUGACAUCUUGGCCAAGCUCAAAAAGAUGCUUGACUCUCAAGAGAAGGGCGAAGAUGAUGAAGUCCUCCAAACGAAAAUCAUCUCCCUUCCUGAGGUCUCAAAGAACUGGAAUGAUUGGCUUCCGGCAGUGGAUGCUGAAGUCACGUCACUUUUAGAAGAGAAGGAAGCCUUCGAGGAGGUAAGUGGAGAAAGGUUGGAGGAGCUCUUGAAGGAUGCAGAAAAAAGGGGCAUACCAGUGGAGUUUCUCCCAUCAAAGUUGGUCUGCACAAAGAAGCCAGGAAAAAGAGGUGGCCGCAACAAGAUUCGAUGGGUCAUCUGUGGAAACUUCGAGCAGGUCAAAGAGGGAGAGAACACGUUUAGCUCUGGUGCAGAUGCCUCUGCACUGCGCCUUCUGAUCGUUGCGGCAUCAAAAUUCCAAUGGGAGGCUGGGACCAUUGACAUCAAAACAGCCUUCCUGAAUGCCACCAUGUGCCCUGAAGACCAGCCAAGCUUGUUGCUGGUCAAACCUCCUAUGCUGCUUUUGGAAAAGAAGUACAUGAAGCCAGGAACAUACUACAUGCCCAAGCGCGCGGUCUAUGGACUUCGCCGAUCACCAAAGCUCUGGGGUGAUUGCAGAGAUGAUGAAUUGGAAGUCAUGAAACUGGAAGUGGAGGAGGAAGAAGGUCAGAUGACAUCACUCCGACUCUGCCCUCUGGCAUCAGAGCCAAACUUGUGGAGGAUUGAAGCUGAGGAGAGUGAAGCUGAGUCUGACACUCAGUCGAACUUUGCUCCGCUGCCAUUGAAAGGGCUCUUGAUGACAUAUGUCGAUGACAUCUUGGUCACUGGAAGUCGAAAGGUGGUAGAUGCCGUCAUGGAAAAGAUCAGAACUAUCUGGACCACCUCAGAACCAGAUCAAGUAGGAGAAAAGCCUAUACGAUUCCUAGGCGUCGAGAUCUCAAAGACCUUUGAUGUCACCAAGAAUCGCGACGUUUGGUAUGUCAACCAACAGUCCUACAUCAAGGACCUUCUUGCGCAAGAUCAAGAAGCUCCAGACAGAAAGAUCCCAAUCGCAAAAGAUCAGAGUCAACUUCCAGAGGAAGAAGGAAGAACACCAGAGCUGAUUCGUUCAGCUCAGAAAGCCACCGGUGAGAUGCUCUGGCUGGUGACACGCACCCGCUUGGACCUCAUGUAUGCCGUUUCAAAGAUGGGCUCUUGUGUCACGAAGGCCCCUCAGAAGGUCCUCCAGAUCUACCAGCAGAUCAAGGGGUAUCUCAAAAGCACUAUGGAUGAAGGCAUCUGCUUUGAUGCUGCUGGAGCAGAGACCUUGAUGAUUGAGGCCAUGUCAGACGCCAGUUUUGCACCUGAAGGAGAUGUCAGCCACGGAGCCUUCAUCAUCAUGGUAGCUUCUUGCCCUGUUUUUUGGCGAAGUGGUCGUCAAAGUUUUGUGACGCUCAGCACAGCAGAAGCGGAGAUGAUGGAGAUUGUGGAGAGCAUGGUGGCUGGAGAAUCAAUUGGUGCCAUAGCUGAUGAGCUGUUUGGCCCUCUGCAGCGAAAUCUUGGACAGUACUUGAAGAAGGAGAUGAACCUGGUUCAAGUACCACAACCGAAAGAGCAUGAGAAGAAAGAAGAGAAGGUUUUUGAAGAAAAAGGAGAAGGCGUAGGCAUUCAGAAAGCAGCAGCAGCAUUGAAGCUGCUCACAUUGGCUGCUGCGAUCUCAGCUGCCAAAGGAGAACAUGAAGAAACAGAAAAAGAAGAUCAGGAAAAUUCAACCCUCGAGCUCAAAGUCAUGAUGGUCGUUUUUGCGUUGAUCAUCGUGCUUCUCACGAUCGUGAGCCAGCAUUUGUGGAAGGUAGGAGUAAGGAGGCUGGAAAUGUCUUGGUCAAACCAAGCUGGAUCGUCUUCCCGAAGUCUCCCUGCAGGUGCUGCUGCUCAAAGAGAAGAAGAAGAAAAGGAAAAUGGUGGUGAAGGGAUGGCCGCUGUGGCAGGACAACUGUCACAGCGACCCACGUACCUCCCACCGGGUGGUGAAGGGAUGGCCGCUGUGGCAGAUCACACGCCGCAGCGACCCACGUACCUCCCACCAGGCGAAGGGUCUUCUUCGCCACUUGAAGAUUCAACCUCUUCAUCAGAGGACACUCCGUAUCGUCCAUUAGAUGAGCGCCACAUCCCUGGGUUCGACUUGGAUCGAGUCAUGCAGGAGAUAGCAGAUGAAGAAACCAACCUCUACGAGGAAGCACAGAGAAAUCCAGAAAGAUUCCAGAACUAUGAGAACAGCGAGGAAAGAGCUAGAGCAGCUUUCCAAGUUUUGACCACUCGGUAUGGCCGAGUUUAUCACUAUCAGAGCCAGUGCAGGUACCUGUCGUCUGUCCAGACAGGAGCCAAUCGAGAAUCUGCCUGGUGUCGCAUUUGCUGGGCCAUUACCGCUCAAACGCGUGGACCCCCACCACCAGGAGUUCCACUUUGGAUUGAUCACUGGGGUGGAGAUUAUCAUGUGGAUUCAAGAUGCCCACGCUGCGAUCCAGAAAAGAUGUUUCCAGCAUGCCAAGGAUGUGGUGAGAGCGCAGGUUAG